ACUAGAGGAAGGGGGUGGGGGGGGCGAUCGUGAAGUGAAACACAUGCGAAUUAUUCCAGUGCACCGAGGACUAGGGAUGUAUGUUAGCUGUCCGGUUGGCCGCGCAGGAAUGAGUUCAUAGUGAAGUGGUGGCGAUCAGUGUGGCGCCGGGUUCCCUGACGGCGCCUUGCUCGUCUCAAGGACUAGGGUUGUUUAUUUUAAGGGACUAUCCGGUUAGAAGACAGCCGGAGCUCUGCGGAGAUUUCUCAGGUGAUUGGCAGAGAUCCACAGAUGUGUGACAGCUCGGAGACCACGUACCUUCACUCUGCGGAUAUCUGAAUUCCGGGAGAGCAGGGCGGCGGGAGCUGGACUCUGAAGAUGAUGCUGGGGUCCGAGCGAGGAGUGGUGGAGGAGUGGCUGUCGGAGUUCAAGACGUUACCCGAAACGCAGAUCUCCAGCUACGCCGGCAGCCUGCACCUGAAGAAGGCUCUGGUUCCAGCUCUUUACAGGGUCAUCCAGGACCCCAACAAUGAGCUCCUGGAGCCCGUCUGCCACCAGCUCUUCGAGCUCUACCGCAGCUCCGACGAGCGCCUCCGCCGCUUCACUCUGCAGUUCCUGCCCGAGCUGGUAUGGGUGUACCUGCGUGCCACCGCCACCAGGGACCGCCACAGCAAUGGCUGCAUCGAGGCCCUGCUCCUGGGCAUCUACAACCUGGAGAUUGUGGAUAAGGAGGGAAAUAGCAAACUGCUGUCCUUCACGAUCCCAUCCCUCUCCAAGCCGUCGAUUUACCACGAGCCGUCCAGUUUGGGCUCCAUAGCACUGACAGAGGGAGCACUCAGCCACCACGACCUCAUCAGGGUGGUGUACAGCGGCCUGCACCCCCAGCGUGAGACCUUCACUGCCCAGAACAGGUUUGAGGUGCUGGCAUUCCUCAUGCUGUGCUACAACUCUGCUGUGGUCUACAUGCCGUGCUCCUCGUACCAGUCCGUUUGCAGGAUGAGCUCACGGUUGUGCGUGUGCGGGUUUCCAAGGCAACGGCAGAAGCUGUGGAGGGAACCGUGCGGCCGAGUAGUGCUGGACCCCGAGUUCAUGGUGCAGAUGCUUACCGCUGUCUAUCACGCUAUAUACAAUGGAGAGUGGGAUCUGGGGAAGGAGGCCCUGGAUGACAUUCUGUACCGGGCUCAGCUGGAGCUGUACUCCCAGCCGCUGCUGGUGGCCAAUGCGAUGAAGAGCUCGCUGCCCGCCACCGCGCCGGACGGCUCACGCGGCCGUAAGAUCCUGCAGGUGGAGGUGACGCCUACCAUCAGCCGGAUCUCCCGCUCGGCCGUGACGGCGGCUUCAAUACGGCGCCACCGCUGGAAGCGAGAGGAUUGUUUUGACCUCUCAAACGAGACGGAGUUCAGCAUCUCCGUCACCCCCAGCCUCGACAUCCCCUGGGAGCCGUCAGCCAAUCCGGAGCAAGGAGAGAGGGGGAGUCACGGCGUGCCCCCGCUCACGCCUGAGGAUGCGGAUGGAGUAAGCGGCGGUGAGGAGUCCUUCACCCUGAACGACCCAGAUGAGGGCUUCUCCUCCGGCGCGUCCAACAGCAGCCAGCCCAGUGGGACCAAGCUGAGCGGCGAGGGCGGGGCCACACGCAGCAGCAGCCUGAAGAAGGGCGUCACGGGAUGGCUGUCCCGGGAGCGGGACAAGGAGCCGGGUCAGACGCGGCACAGGGACUCCUCUGCUGACUCACAGGUGGUGCUGCGGAGACACCAGCGGCGACCGUCACCCCCACCCGCCAUCACGCUGGAUGCCAUCGAGCUGAGCCCAGUGCGGAAGCACCUGAGCUACCCCGCCUCGCAGGCAUUGGUGCGGACCGCCAGUGCUUCCUCCAGCCGCUCCUUCGACUGCACGGACAUGAGCUUGAACGGGGGCCGGCGUGGCGCUGCGGGGGCGGGACUGGAGGUGGGGCUGCUGGGCAGCACCCAGGCGGGGCUCUCUGCCAGCGUUGCCCAUCAUUUUUCCACCAGCAGUCUGCAAGAGGAGCGCCUGGCCAGACCUGGGGAAGCCCAGGACCUUCUGUCCCCGGGGGCUCCACUCACCAAGCAGUCUCGCUCGCCCAGCUUCAACAUGCAGAUCAUUUCGCAGGUUUAGCAGUGAGGGGGCGGAGCUGGGGACAGGGGGAGGGGCCAGAGGGAGGGGCUAUGCUCCGGUCCUCCCUUUUCUCCUACUCCUCCUGCUCCUACUCCUCCUUUUGUUCCUCCUGUUCCUCUGCUCUUCCUUGCCCUGUGGUGCCCAAGAUCAGAUCCACUCCACCUGCAGAAACUCAGGAGCUGACAGCAAGAUGGGGAGUGGAACUGACAGCUCCCUCUUGUGGGGGGAGGACAUGUGUCCGGCAGCAAAGCCCAGGGAUGGUCUGUGACCUACAGAUGUCUUUCCUCUAUAUCUUGGGGCUGUGGAGGAUGGGGCACAAGCCCUGUGGAGGAAGUGAGUCCCCUGGUGCAGAGUGCCCCCUGUGACCAGGAAACCAUCACUUCCCAGCAUCCUCUCCUUCUGACCAAAUGGAGCAUUUCGUGUAAUUACUGUUCUUUUAUUUUAAUUUAUUUUAUGGGUUUUUUUUGAGAGGGGGAGUAUUGGGGCAGGAUAUGGUGAAAACCACGAAUAGGUGACAGAACAGAAUCUGACAACUUCAUUCAAUGAGUCAAGUGAGCUGCGGUUGCUGUUAAUCACAGGAAAACAUAAAUAUUAGUGGAUUGGAAAAGAGAAGAUCACUGUAGUUUUCAUGCCUUCCCUGUUUCCCCUAGGGUGAUGUGCAAUCUACAAUCUGAAUUUUAUUUUUAAUUCAGUGUAAUUUAUAUGGUAUCCUUUUAUUGUCCUGUUCAAGACUUGCAUCCCAAAGACAAUGCUUCCUAGUCUUGAAUCUGUUGCUGUAAUAGAAAACUCGGACCAAGGGAGAGACACACUGGUUUUUUGUUUCUCAGUGCAAACUUGAUUUAUUUUUCGUAAUUUAUAUGAUUCAUGCAUAGUCGUCUAAUGUAUAUGAGAUUUUAUUUUACUAAACAGAAAUCUGCUGACUGUAAUUCAAAGAGAACGACACAAAUUGAGGACGGAGACUGGAGUUUUACCUGCCGGAAAAUUCCGGGGCUGCACAAUGUUUUUGACCUGAAGUGGGAUCUUGCAGGAUCCUCGUGUUUUUGCCAGUGGUGCAGCUGCAGAGAAAUCUGGUGGGAAAAAUCAGGAAUUAUGGAACAAAACCAAAACCACAGGUCCCGGAUUUCGCCGAGAUGCUGGUGACUGAGGGAGAGACAGGCACACCCAAGGAAUCUUCUAUGAAUUGCACCCAAGAGACUGUUAGUAGCCAAAUGUGUGUAUGUGAGAGCGAGAGAGAGAAUUUUGGUGUUUGUUUGAAGCCUUACGGUGUUUUUGAGGCAAAGGAGAUUAUACUGGAGGAACUUUUUCUGCCUGGCUAGUUUUGGUGUGCUCACCGAACACCUGGCAACCACAAUGCGCUCACCCCCCACCACGUGCCGUAUAGCCUGAGUGUUUGUCCACCUUCUGUCUUGUGGUUUUAUUCUUGUGACGUUGGCGCUUUAAUAGCGUGUGGCAAUAGAAAACACUGCAAAGUGGCCGACAGUUUUAUCCCAAUGAUUAGCGUUAAGAUAUUAGUGUGAGCUGAGUUGCUGUUUUUUUUUUUUAAUUAUUAUUUAUUUUUCAUCCCCCGAUGGACACCAAGCUGCAGGCCAGUAGAACCACAACCUCUGAAGCGCGUUCAGGCCGUCACUGUGGUCGCUUGUCGUCGUCUGCUGCUGUUGUAGUCUUUGCUAAAUGCCAUGGGGAAGUGCAGUCUUCACACAGGUGUGGUGGCAUUUCCGUUUAAGGGGAAAUGCUUUUACGAAACCUGUAAGAGGUCUAGCCAAGAGGCAGAUAGUGCAGGAUGUGGAGUUCAGGCUGGUCACGUUAUCUGCGAUCUGGCCUUGCCGUUCUGUCAAGGCAGCGUUUGUCCUGCAGCAGUGAGAUGAUCUUUGAUCCCGCUUUUGCCUAUUUUGUCCGUUUGAUUUUUCCCACAGACCUGAGCAGACACCUAGAAAAGGGGCACUUUCUUACUUCCAUCUUGGUUAGCUUUGAAGCUGAACGUGCUUCAAAGUAUCACACUUGUCAGGGUGAAUCCUCCAAUAUAGGACAAGUACAGCUCUACAGCCUGUGAAUACUGUCCUGGUCGGUUGCCCUUUGCUGACUGAUGUGCCGAUAUGGUAUCCUCUUGAGAGAAACUUGAAUCUUUACCUUCUUAAGAUAUACAGCAAUGUGUUUGAUAUGUUUUUGUCUGGCUGUGUAUGUACACUAACGUCUAAGUGGUGCUUAAUGACAUAUUACUGUUCUGUGUGCUUGUCUGUCUGCAAGAAAGCUUAGCACCAACAUUUCACAUAAUCCCAUUUUCCGGAUCACGUGUGUUAAGAUUCCACACUCGUAGUCUCGUUAGGUCUGUGUUUCAUUUAUUGCCGAUUUAGUGACAUGUGUGGGAGAAAGGAGUGGAUGUGACUGCGAACAGUGUCCUCAGAUUUGAAUAUUGCUGGACAUUCUCAUUGACAUAUUGUUGAAUAACACAAAACCUCACAGUAAUCACGGUUUCUCUUAUAAUUAUUGUUUGUGGACUUUUCGGUGUCCAUGUUUAAUAUGGGUUGUAUCCCUGAAUGGACUUUGACAGGGACGUAGGGGGUAAACAUGAUUUUUUUUUUUCUGGUGAGAUGUAGAACAAAGGGAGUCUCUCACACACUGCUGAGGCUUUAGUGUGGCUGCUGUCAGACCCUCCCUUCUCCUGUAUGUGGCUACAUAGACCGACAAGUGUUUCCCAAUCCGGUCCAUGGGGACCCACAGCCAGUCCACGAUUUUGCUCCCUCCUGGCUUCCUGCCAGACAUGUUUUUGCUACAGCGACCUGGGAGGGAGCAAAAAUGUGGCCUGGCUGUGGGUCCCCGAGGACCGGUUUGGGAAACACUGCUAAGUAGCCAGUUCAUCCUGUUCAAAACAUCACACCUGUCUGGCCUCCUUGUAGGGAUCAUCUUGUCUUGUAACAGAUCCAUCGUGGAGGCUUCCCCUUCCCGUGACCCUGUUUGUUGAUAGUGUGAGAACGAAGCCCUCCCAGAAUGCACUUUGUCUGAUAUGGCAGUUAAAUGAUUAAUUCAGGGUUCCGUUUCCAUGUCCUUAAAACUCAAGGUCUAAUCAAUGACCACCGCUGACAGACCAGAAACAUGGGCCAGGGUUAGAAUUCAUAUAUAUUUUUUUUUACAACCAAAAAGGCUGUUUUUUGUUUUUCCUUUUGCUGCACAACCUCAGGAGGGAGUUAGGAAACGUAUCUGGGCUUUGUCAUGGUAAAAAAUCCCAGUUAUUUUAUUCAGAAAAUAAAACCUAUUAAUUCUAUGCAACAUUUUAAAUUAUUUACUGACUUUUCCUUUGGUGACUUUUUAACCAUUUUGGGUCUCUGAGCUGACAUUGGCAGGCAUGCAGCUGCUGUACAGGAGACGCCUCGUGUUAUGUGGACUGCUGGAGCCUCAAGAAGACGAAAGCGGGGGGGCGGGGGCACCUUCACAGCAUUGCACUGCUGUAGCGGAAAGAGGGACAGUGUCACUUCCAUCCAUCUUCCCACGGCCGAGCGCUGUUGCCCUCUUCGUCAUUGUGCGCCAUAUCCCUCUUGCGAGAGGUGCGUAGCUUUCCUCGUGCUGGUGGUGAUGUCCGUCGUGAAAGACUCAAAACUCUGGUGACCCCGGAGGGUCAAACUGAGCUCAUGCAUGUAAAAGCCAUUUCCUUUGUAGCUGUUACUCCAUAAUGGUUUGAAGCCAUUGGCAUAUAAAAUGAAUAGAGUUAAUGCAUACAAUCUUAAAGAUUCUAGUGAACUUAAAAAUGUGAAACAUUGUAUCAUUGAUGUUGUAAAUGGAAUAAAAUUUAAAUCCUUGUAAAUAUGAAAAAAAUGUACAAUAUGAGACAAUAAAAAUCUGUCUGCAAGAGAGAUAUGUAUCUGUAAAAUGUUGAAUAAAUAUUUGUGUUUAUGGA